AUGUCUUUAGUUGGUGAGAAAUUUUAUGAUUUUCUAUUUUGCGAUGAUAGCCAAUUAUCAUCAUUAGGUUUAGAUUUUUACACAUCUGUUGUUGAGUCAGAAAGUGCUACGUUUCUUAAUGAUUUAUUUUCAACUGUUUUACAGAAAAUUGGACUGUUUUUAGGCUCAUCUUUCAGCUUGCAAAGAAUAAGUGGCUGGAGAUUUGUUUAUAGUUUGUUGUUACAUAAUAUUGAUAUAUUGAACGGAACUGAGAAUUUGAUAUUGGAUUUGAUAUGUGAAAAAACAUCAAAUACAUUUGAUUCUGAUGUUAUUGAUAUUGUUUGCGAUAUUAUUUACGGACUAAUAGGGUUUGUUGAAAUUGAUGAAUUACACUGCAAAGGAAUGUUCGAAAUAUAUAAGUUAUGCCAAAAUCAAAGUUAUAACUCUUUAUAUGUUUGCUCUUCUUUCCUCAAAUUUAUUGCAACAUAUUACUCUGUCGUAGAAGUAAGUAAUGAAUUAUUUGAGUUUAUGUCUUCUUCUUUCAAUUUAAUUGAAGGGACAGAAAAGCAAGAAGAAUGCAAAAAUUUCUUAGAUUCAUACAGCGAAAUGAAAGCAAAAUAA